UCUUGCAACGUCAACACGACAAAGUUAUCAACUCUCUAAUAAAGUUAAAAGCAUUUUUAAAAUAGUUAAUCCACAAAACUUUUUAUAGUGAAAAAAAUUCGGUGUUUAUACAAUUAUUAAAAAAAUAGUCACAAAUAUUUUUCUCUAGUCAUGAUUAAUAAUACAAGAAUAAUUUCUUUUCUCUUUAAAAUAUCUUGGAAAAAUGCUUUUGAUAAAUAUUUACAAGGUAGAAAACUUCGGGAGAUCGUUCGCUAAAAGUUUUCUACACUCGGUCAAUGUCCUUUCUCAGUAGAUUAUUUUAAUUCAAUGAGUCUCUUGGGAAACGCAGACGUCCUCAUCGAUAUUUAUCAACUGGUUUUUUUUUGGAGUAAAUAAGAAUCAUGUGUAAUGAGUGAUAAACAACCUGGUACUACUUUGCCACCCCUCAGCGGGGGUGGAACAAAUAAUGGAGGGAACAAUGGAGGAUCCCAACAAACAGUUAAUAUACAUCAAGUUCUUACGACUGCUCAAGGCCUUAAUGUUCUUACUACAGGUGGAGGACAGCAAUUUGUCCUUGCCUCUCAAGUUCCAGGCCUCACACAGGUCUUACCGAGUGGCGCGACAACAACUGCAAAUCUGCAACAAUUGGGCGUCACGCGAAUUGUCAAUAUCGGCAGUACGUCCCCACGUGUCGUUGGACUCGCGAGUGCGAGCGGCUCGCCUCUAUCAUCACCCUCCCGUCAAACAUCAACAAAAGUUGUAUUAACAACAUCGCCAAAACUUGUUCGCACAUCACAUGGCAGUAUGUUCGUUGCACCAACAACACAAAUGACGGGCCAAUCGUCGCCGGCUAGGAAAAAAUUGAAAUUAUCCGAUACAACGGAGAAAACGACUGCAAUCGAUGACACGACAAGUUAUCGACGACGUAUAAUGGAGCACAAAAUGAAACGAAUGCGUUCAGUGAGGGAUAAAUAUACGGAUAAUGCAGCUGAAUUAUUCUUUUUACACGCUGGCGGCAAUGUCAUGGAUUUUCACACAUGGAGAAAACGACCGGUUACACCGCAAUAUUUACAUUUUCUUCGACAACAUAAAUUAGAUCCCGAUGAUGACGAUGAGGAUCUUACUGUUCCAUUGGCGGAUGUCUCGCAAACAUUAAACGUCACACAGCCAGUGAGUCAGGAAGUUAAGGUACCCGGUAUUGGAGUCACUCCCGUUGCUGUUUCAACGACUCUACCGACUGCCGUUGCUCAACUUAGUCAACAAGGCGGAACUCCCUUAGUUUUAGAUCUGCCACAAACAGUAACUACAACAAAUUCUCCUAGUCCAGCAUCAUCGGAUAAAUCUUCGACGACAAAUUCGAUGAAUCGUUCAUCACCUGCCACACUUCCCGGCAAUCAACCUGUCGUUAAACUCGUCAAACUUCCCACAUCUUCUGUAACAGCCUCAUGUGAUACCUCAAGUAAUCAAGAACAAAUUGUGGAAAAAGCCAAACAGGAGGCGUACGUAAUGCAGAGGAUUGCCGAAUUACAAAGGGAGGGCUUGUGGUCCGAGCGGCGAUUACCAAAAGUCCAAGAACCCGCGAGAUCGAAAGCCCAUUGGGAUUAUUUGUUGGAGGAAAUGGUUUGGCUUGCCGCUGAUUUUGCCCAAGAACGAAAAUGGAAGAAAGCUGCUGCCAAAAAAUGCGCGCGAAUGAUUCAAAAGCAUUUCCAAGAGAAGGCAACCCAAGCGCAAAAAGCGGAGAAACUCGAGGAGCUCAGAUUGAAGAAAAUUGCGAGUUUCGUUGCAAAAGAGAUAAAGACUUUCUGGUCAAAUGUAGAAAAGUUGGUAGAAUAUAAGCAACAAACGAGACUGGAAGAGAAGAGGAAAAAAGCUCUGGAUCAGCAUCUCAAUUUUAUUGUCGAUCAGACUGAAAAAUACUCAACUUGGUUGACCGAGGGCCUCAAUAAGACCGAAGGGAGUCAAAGUAUGCCAGUAUCAAUAAAUAGUUCUCGAAUUUCAUCGCCUAUACCCUCAGGAAAACAACAUUCAGAUGACGAAUUCGAACCAAACCAAAGUUCCGAUGACGAUGAGGAGACAAUAGCAAAAGCGGAGGAGGAAAUAAAAUCGAAUCAUAAAGAAGAAGUAGAACUUUUAAAGAAGGAAUCAAUUAUUCCAUUGGAAGAUUUAUUGAAAGAAUUGCCACCGAAUUAUCUCGAUGAGAGGGACAGAAGUUUAACGCCUGAAUUAAAGGAGAAUUUCGAGGAGGAAAAUGAAAAGAGCGCUGAUGGCGAUACUGAAUUUACUGUUGCUUCUGAUGAAUCCACUGAUGAUGAGGAGGACACAAUUAUGGAGCAGGAGAAGCUCGAGAAGAAUGUCGAUCAUAAACAGGAACUGGACGAUCUUAAGGCUGAAAAUGAAAUGUCUAUUGAUGAAUUGAUGUCAAAAUAUGGAGCUGGACAAGACAUUCCAAUGGAUGUUGAUAAGGUUUCUGAUCGAGAAUCUGAAGCAGGCAGCGAGAAAGAAGAUGACGAGGACGAGAAGAGUGAUCAAUCGGAAAGUGACGAGAGUGACUAUGAUGAUAAAGAUCACGAUUCUCAAACUCAAAGCGAGGAUGAGACGGGAGUUGGUCUUAAAUCGCUUCUCGAGGAUUUGUCCGGCGAGCAAUCACUCAAUAAUACCACUCAAGAAGCGGAAAGCAAUGAAAUGGAUGACGUUGCCGCCUUGGCUGAAAGUAUACAACCAAAAGGAAAUACUUUACAAACGACAAGCGUCGUAACAAAAGUUCCAUUCCUUCUAAAGCACUCGUUACGAGAAUAUCAACACAUUGGAUUAGAUUGGCUGGUGACAAUGUACGAGAGAAAAUUAAAUGGAAUUCUAGCCGAUGAAAUGGGUUUGGGAAAAACAAUUCAAACAAUUGCACUAUUGGCGCAUCUUGCAUGCGAAAAGGGCAAUUGGGGCCCGCACUUAAUCAUUGUUCCUACGUCUGUUAUGUUAAAUUGGGAAAUGGAGUGUAAAAAAUGGUGUCCAGGUUUUAAAAUAUUAACAUAUUACGGUACGCAAAAGGAUCGUAAACAAAAGAGAACUGGUUGGACAAAGCCAAAUGCAUUUCAUAUUUGUAUCACUUCAUACAAACUUGUCAUUCAGGAUCAUCAGAGUUUUCGACGGAAAAAAUGGAAGUAUUUAAUUUUAGACGAGGCGCAAAAUAUCAAGAAUUUCAAAUCACAACGAUGGCAAUUGCUUCUCAAUUUUCAAACUCAAAGGCGACUGUUGCUAACGGGAACACCACUUCAAAAUAAUUUAAUGGAACUUUGGUCGUUGAUGCACUUCCUCAUGCCAAAUGUUUUUCAGUCACAUAGAGAAUUUAAGGAAUGGUUUAGUAAUCCAGUGACGGGAAUGAUUGAGGGAAAUAGUGAAUACAACGAGAAUAUUAUCCGACGACUACACAAGGUCCUACGACCCUUUUUACUCAGGAGGUUAAAGACUGAGGUAGAGAAACAACUGCCAAAGAAGUAUGAACACGUUGUUAUGUGUCGCUUAUCGAAAAGACAGAGAUAUCUUUAUGAUGAUUUCAUGUCCCGAGCAAAAACGAGAGAAACUCUGGCGAGUGGAAAUUUGUUGAGUGUCAUAAAUGUAUUGAUGCAGUUACGUAAAGUUUGCAAUCAUCCAAAUCUUUUCGAAGUUCGUCCAACAAUUUCGCCAUUUCAAAUGGAGGGUAUUGAAUUCGUCACCUCUUCACUUAUUGCCAAUGCACUCGAAUACGAUCCAUUUGAGCAUAUCGAUUUGUCGUGUGUAAAUUUACUUCUGGUGAAGGUGGAAAUUAUGUUAACGGCAUUUGUCGCUCACAGAGCGAGGCGUUUAAAAACACCGCGUAAAUUAAUUGAAGAAAUUGACAGUACACCGGAACCACCGCCUCGUUGUCCAUCGGGAAAAAUUAAAAUCAACGUUCGAUUGUCGAAUCAAGCAAAAGCUACGAAUGUCGUUCAACAGCCAAAGGCCAAAAGUAUAACUAGCGCCGUUUUAUCGCCAAGAGUCGGAACAUCUCCCUUAGUUAAGAGCGCGAGCAAUCAAACACCCACUGGACAAGGCGUGACAUUGAGAGUUGCGGGUGGUCAGCAAUUGCAAGGUUACUCGGUUCAAUUGGUUCCACAUCAAGGAAGUGUGAAAGCAAUUCCACUGCCGCACAAUUUGCAAGCGACAACUGCUGGCUCAACGACAACCUCCUCGUCAACACCAUCUUCAUCAACAAUAGCAACUGUUGGAGCGACCUCGCAAAAAAUAACAGUGGCAAACACCAACAUUCGUGAGGGUUUACAAAGACUGACAACGCAAACGGUAACAGUGAAGCAGGGCGAUUCAGUGCAAAGGAUAGCGGUGCCAUCGGGUUUCGCUCACUUGGUACAAACAGCAACCGGUCGACACAUUCUUCUCACGUCAAAUCAGCAGAACGCCAACACAGUCGUAACACCGAGCGGACAACGUUUAACAGUACUUUCAAAAUCACUCGUCGGUCUCUCAACGACAACGGGCGUCAACAAAGUAUUCAGCGGCGUUGUCACGACAACCUCCGGUGGACGGCCAAUUGUUCGCGUACCACAAUUAAACAUGAACACAUCGCAGGCCCACAUUUCGGGACAAAUACGUCCGAGUAUCGUCACAAGACCAGUAGUGGCAACAACAGUAGCAGCAGCAGCAGCAGCAGCAGCAACAACAGCUGCUGCGGCAGUUGUCAAAGAAACUAAAGUGACGAUAAACAAAGAGGAGCCAAAAUCGGAAUUCCACAUGCCACACGUCGAGGACGAACGACGCCGCAGACGUCAAGGUAAAUUGCGUUUACUCGCCGACGUGAAUGAGACCCGAUGCGCCGCGUGUCCACUCUACGGCGAGGAUCUUUUCAUGGCACUAAGAUUGGGUAAACCGUCCAAUACCUGCCAGUGGCACGGCGGUUGGAUGCAUUGUAAAACGGCGAAGGAAAAUCAACCACGCACGCGAAGGCAAUUUUUCUCACGAACCGAAGCACUGGCCGAGGCGAUAAAAUCAACGGAACAAAUUGUCGAAGAGCUGAAGGGAAUUUUCGAAAGAUUCGUCACUUACGUGCCGGCUGUUCAAGCGCCAAUGCCACGUUUUCAUUGUUCGCAUCCACCGCCACAUAAAUUAUGGGCUGAGGAGCGAUUGAAAUUUGAAUUGAAACGUCAUUUAUCGCCGAAACUCGCGCUACUUCAUCCAGUGGCGAGGUCAAUGUUGACACAAUUCCCAGAGCCACGUCUCAUUCAAUAUGACUGCGGGAAAUUGCAAUCGCUCGAUCAAUUGUUGAGGCGAUUGAAGUCGGGUGCGCAUAGGGUUUUAAUAUUCACGCAAAUGACAAGAAUGCUGGAUGUUCUCGAGGCUUUUCUCAAUUUUCAUGGGCAUAUUUACUUACGAUUGGACGGCGCGACGAAAGUUGAUCAACGACAAGUGUUGAUGGAACGUUUCAAUGCUGAUAAGAGGAUAUUUUGUUUUAUUCUUUCGACAAGAUCGGGAGGUGUUGGUGUCAAUUUGACAGGAGCCGAUACUGUUAUUUUCUAUGACAGCGAUUGGAAUCCGACAAUGGACGCUCAAGCUCAGGACAGAUGUCAUCGAAUUGGACAAACUAGAGACGUUCAUAUUUAUAGACUAGUUAGUGAUAAAACAGUAGAGGAAAAUAUUCUGAAGAAAGCGAAUCAAAAACGAUUGCUCGGCGAUCUUGCGAUUGAGGGUGGAAACUUUACAACUGCGUACUUUAAGAGCUCGACAAUUCAGGAUAUUUUCAAUGUCGAUCAAACGGAGGGCGACGCGUCAACUCGAAUGGCCGAAGUUCUUGAUCAAACGCGAGAACGCGAGAGAAUGCUUCAAAGGGACAGUUCCUCAUUGUUGCAAAACUCAGCUGGCGAAGAGAAGGCGGCGAUCGGAGCUUUGGAAUCUGCUUUGGCCGCCGCCGAGGAAGAUCUCGAUGUUCAAGCGGCGAAGACGGCGAAGGCCGAGGCAGUUGCCGACUUGGCCGAGUUCGACGAGAAUAUCCCGCUCGACGAACCCGACAAAGAUGAAACGCAAAUCAGUAAAGCCGAAAUCGAAGUUCAAAACUUAGUUUCACAGUUAACGCCGGUCGAACGAUACGCGAUGAAUUUCAUUGAGGAGUCAGAGGGAAGUUUCUCAGCGGCACAAUUAGCAGCAGCCGAACGUGAACUUGAGCAGCAGAAAAAAGAAUGGGAAUUGGAUCGACUGCGCGCAUUACGUGACGAGGAGGAAAGACAAAUGCGAUUGGCCGAUGACGAUGAAGAAAAACCCCUAACAUUUGGUCGCGAGGACGCGGAAAAUCAGGUUAAUAGUAAUAAUAAUUCUAAGAAAAAUUAUAGUAAGCGUAUUCCGCCGGGUAGAAAAAGUUCGCGUAGAAAUAAUCGUAGAGUUCAAGCCGAUAGAUCGUCAAGUGAAACAGACACGUCAACCGAAACGGAAACUGAAUCACAGAACGAAGACAAUGAUGAAAAUGAAGAAGAAGAACAAGAGGAAGAAGAAGAGGAAGACGAGGAGGAGCUUGUCAAUAGUCAAGACGACGAAUUCAGUCAAGCGAGUCAAAGUCAAGACGAGGACGAAUCAACAAACGACGAUAGACCCGAAAAUGGAAAGCGAAAAUCAAUUUCCAACAAAUUGUCGCAAAAGAAUAAACUCGAUUUAAACAGUCCCCGAACAAGAUCAAGGGGAAAUGUGAAAAUAAAUCUCUGGACACUGGACGUGAGUCCAAUUCUUCCUAGUACUGCGAAAAAACCCCGUGGUUUCUACUCGAGAAAGCGAAACGAAAAUUCAAAAACCGACGAGAGUUUAAAUUCAUCAUCACCAUUGGCGAAUUCAAUCGAUUCAAAUAAGAAAUUUCAAGAUUCGGAUAUUCUACUUACUCCAACUUUGAGUCUGGAGAAAUUGGAAAAUACGAAAAUGAAUUUUCUCACUAAGGAGAAGAAUACUUCGAAAAAAUUGAAUGGCUGUCUCGAUGACAAUGAGGAGGAUAAUAAUGUUAAUUCUAAUUCUAAUCUGAAUGUUAAUUCUAAUCUUGAUUCCAGUGUUAAUGCUAAUAAUCUUAAUGCCGACGUUGAUGAUGAACGAGUGCAAAAUUCCGAUGAGAAAGUAAACAAAAAUUCAGACGAUUCGCCCGCACAUGUGACGCGAGCUUCGCAUAAAUCAAAUUUCGCCAAAACAACGAAUGACGAGGACACGGAGAAUUGUGACGUUAACAAUUCCGUUUCAUCGCAAAAUCGAAAAUCUUCUCUAUUCCCGAAAAGAGUUCAACGAACGUCGGGUGAAAAUUCAAAAGAAUUACUCUCCAAAACCCCCGAGAAUUUUUCAAUAAAAAUGAAGCAAAAAUUACAGGACGGUUUGAAGAAUUCAAAUAAAAAUCUUGUGCCCCACGUUUUGUUGUCAGCCUGCGCGACUUUGAAAUUAAAAGCAAAUCUUGCGCCGGACGUUUCGCGUCGUUCCGCGAGUCCAACGGUGAAGCUCGAGAAGAAACUCGACAAGGACUCGAAGCACAAUACGAGAUCGUCGGCGAAAUUGGAGAUCGACAGCAGGGAAAGUGAGGCGAGUGAAUCCAAGGAAGUGAAGGAAAAAGGGACGAAGGAAAAGGAAACAAAGGACAAGGAGGUGAAGGAAAAAGAAACAAAGGAAAAGGAAGUGAAAGAGACGAAGGAAAAAGAAAUAAAGGGCAAAGAAAUAAAGGAAAAGGAAGUGAAGGAGACAAAGGAAAAAGAAAUAAAGAGCAAAGAAAUAAAAGAAAAGGAAGUGAAGGAGACAAAGGAAAAAGAAAUAAAGGGCAAAGAAACAAAGGAUAAGGAAGCGAAGGAAAAAGAAGUAAAGGGCAAAGAAACAAAGGAAAAGGAAGGAAAGAGCAAAGAAGUAAAAGAAAAAGAAGCAAAGGGCAAAGAAGUAAAGGAAAAAGAAACAAAAAGCAAAGAAGUAAAGGAAAAAGAAGCGAAGAGCAAAGAAGUGAAAGAAAAGGAAACAACCGACAAAGAAAUUGAGGAUAAAAAUAAAAAAACUGACGACGAACACCAAGAAAGAAAAACACCGGAAACUAUCGAAAAAGAAACCAAAUGUUUAAUCACCGAAACAAAAGAUUCAUCCGAAAUUUUCGAAGUUCCAAGAAUUUCCACUCGUCGAACAAAAUUGAACGCGGAAUUAUCCGAAAGUCCCCUUGAACCAGAAGAAAAAAACAAAUCCUUCGACUCCGAAUCAACGAAAAAAAUAAAAUCACUCGAUCAAGAUCCUCAAUCCUCAAAAUCAUCAUCAAAAACCGGAGAACAAACCCGAUUUACUCGUUCCUGUGCCAUUCAAAUGCCCGCGCCUCCUCCAAAGAUUCAAAAAAUAAUAAUAAAACGAAGACCCGACACUCCACUACCAGGACCAAUGAAAGUUGGAAGACCAAGAAAAAGGCCGUUAAUUGUCGAGAACGUAGAGCCAACAAACGACGUUUUCCAAAUACCGAAUACAAUCCCAAAGAAAGCAAAACUCCCCCCAAAAUUUCCCACUCUCCCAAUAACAAAAACAGAAAAUCUAACCCGACGUCGACCCGAUACACCAAUGCCCGAGACUUUUAAACUAAAAAUCAAAAAAUCAAAAUGCGAAAUUAUUUCCUCUCGCUCAUUGUCGCCGUCCAAUCAGAAACAAUUGCGCCGAAAGUCAUCGAUAAGCGAGAACGAGACGAAUGGCAACGCAGAAUCGAGCGAUGAAUCCGAUAGACCGCAACGAACGGCAAAAGUUGUUGCAAUUUUAACACUCGAUUCCCAGGCGAAACCAAAUAAUCGUUCACCGCAACUUGAAGUAAAACUCAAUAAACUUGACGAGGGAAAAAACGGCGAUUAUUCCGAGGAGAAGAAACAAAAUCCAAUAAUUUCGCUAAAUCGUUGUGAAUCGACAAUUACAACUCGAGCGUCGACAAAAUUGGAUAAGAAAAAAAAUUCCCAGAAUAUAUUGACAGAUAUAGACAGUGAAGUUGAUAGUGAGACAACAACAACACCAUCGACCCGAAUAAUGAAGAAACGAAUAAAAAAACUAAAAAAUUCCUCCUCGGGAUCAAAAGUUAUAGACAUUCAAACGGUGGAUAUUGCCGACGAUGAAGAGGAAAAAAGUGAAGUCCCACUAAAACGAUCUCUUCGUUUUCAAGCUCCUCCUCAUGACAAGCUCAACAAUUCGGUGUAAAAAAAAAUGGGACACUCAUCAUAGUUUAAAUAAAAAAAUAGAGAAAUGUUUGGAAGCGAUAAACAGAUGAAUUUAUUUUCAAGGUGAUGACUAUUGUUGUAAUAUUUAAUAUAUUUUUUAAUAAUGAACGCGUCGGGUGUUCUUUUUCCCUUUUCUCUAAGUUACAGGAAAAAAAAUAAUACUAUUAAAGUUGAGUUUAUUGUUUUCUGAAUGAAUUUAAGUCUGUAAAUAAUUGCGAAAUUUUCGUUUUUGUACUAAGUACAAUUUGUAAUAUUUUUUAGCACUGUAUAAAAAAACAAAACCAGAAGCGUGCAAUUUUUUAACGCUUUGUAAAUGACGGACUAGGUUAAAAAAAACGAUUUAAGUUAUAAAAAUUUAAAGACUCAUGACUGCUGUAUUAUAGAAAUCGAAAGAGAGAGAGAAGAGAGAGAAUGGAAAUUUAAAUUCAUGUAUCACAGUUUUUUUGUUUCUAUUUAGAAAUAUCGAUAGUCCAAUAUAUUUGUGGUAGUUUAUUUUGCGAGCUCGUGAUAUAUAUAUAUAUUUUUUUUAUUAUAAUUUUUUUCUUGAGAGAAUUCUUGGGAGAAAUGAACAAAAAAAACGUAAAAAAAAAAAUUGCCUCGAUUUGUGCGCGCCUGUAUUUUGUAUGAUCGAAUGAGUCCUUGAAAAGGAAAUAAACGAAAUAUUCCUUGCUAUAUAAAAAAAAAA